AUGCUUCACCAUCACCACUGCUUCAUGCGCGAGGUGAUGGAGCUGCACCACCUCCACAAGACCAUCGUGCCGACUGACAAGAAGGUCAAGAAGAACUAUCUCGCGAACGUGAUCUGCACCUACCCGGACUGCACCGUCAACCCCAGAGCACGCCGCACGCAUUGGGUGCGUCACGCGGAGGAGUGCCUCGACAUCCCGGCGGCCAAGAUCGACUCCAGCACCAGCCACAUCACCAGGCAUCUCGACGACAAGAUGGAUGAGCUCAGCGAGGCGAUUGCGACUUCCCUUACAAGGGUGAAGAAGACCCGCAGGGAGUCGAUGGGGUCGCUGGAGGAAGCCCUCACGGUGACGACGCCGACGCCGCAUGAACCCCAAUCUGCUGCCGGGGUGAAGCCCCAAUCAGCACUGACGACAUCAGCUUUGGAGUCCAUGCCCACGUCAACGACAUUAGUGCCAACCGUGGAGGAUGGGGUGGAGCCGCAGGACAUAGGCUGGAACCGGAACGACCCGGAGGAAGAGGUGGAGACGCCCGAUAACGCGCGGAAGCACACUAACUCCGGUAACAGUUUGACGGCGGCGGCGGCGAAGAGGCUAACGGAGGCUGAGUCAAGCUACCUGCCGUUGAAGACCAAGUACGAUGCGGACAUGAACCGCGUCAACGCCGCUGGACAUCGACUCGACUCGGGGAACUCAGAGCUCAUGAAGCGAGCUGAGCGGCUUAUGCCACAACUACAUGCGACUGCCUGUAUCGCUACAUCAUCCAAUGCAUCGGUUCCCCCAAGGUACGCUUCUUCUUCCUCCUGUGCGCCGCAGCCUGGAUUCGUCCGUUAUCGCGAUUGUCGCUAA